GUGCGGAGGCCCUUAGCUAACCGAAACAAAGUUUCUAUUGUGAACAGUUGUUUAAGGAAUUUAUUGGUUUGGAUAACUUGAUUGGCUUUAAAGGAUUCGUUCCCAUCUAUGGAGGAUUAGUUUAUAACGCUUGGUUAAAAGUAUUAUUGAUUUGGAAGUUGUUCGUAUAAAGUUAUUGUUAUUCAAAUAAAACGACGUUGUUCGAGUAUUCAACGGCUAUGUCUCGGAGGAAGUUUGCGAAAAACAUUUUGGCAGGUGCAGCUAGCACAUCAUUUAGCAGCGACUCGACCCUGUCACUGAAUGUGCUGCAAGGGUUUGCCGCCCCCAAAAAACGCUGUCUUUCGUCGCACGUGGGGGAAGAUUCUACCAUAACAAUUAAGGAAUCUCAAGAAGGAUCGUCGCACUCCAUAAUAAGCCCCACUGAAGUUCCGGAUAAAGAGCUAUCGUUUUGGAAUCGGUUUUACGUAUUGGAAUGUCAGCUGAAUAACACUUUGCAAGACAUUGUACGACCAGUUAGUAUUACUCAUGUGUACAAUCCUGUGGAAUAUGCUUCGGGUUUGCAUUGCGCCUACUUGCAAAAGUUCUUGGAUGGUCCGAAACGUGUAAUGUUUGUUGGUAUGAAUCCAGGCCCUAAUGGGAUGGGUCAAACUGGAGUGCCGUUUGGUAAUAUAUUAACUGUUCGGAAUGAAAUGAGCCUUUCGGGUUCAGUACAGCAACCUCCUUCGGUACAUGUAAAGCGACCUGUACGGGGAUUUGAGUGUAGCAUAGAAGAACCUAGUGGUGUACGCAUUUGGAGUUUAUUCAAAAAGUUAGCAGGCGGAUCAUUGAAUACGUUUGGGCGACAGUGUUUUGUACAUAACUUUUGCCCGUUAAUUUUUUACGACAACGCUGGACGAAAUAUUACACCCAGUGAAUUGAAGGGUGAUUAUAAGGAAAAGAUCGGUAAAGAGUGCCUUGAUGUACUUGAUUUAGAGUUAGACUUGGUAAAACCGGAAAUAUUGGUGGCUGUCGGGUUGUACAUGUACGGAAUGGUCAGUCGUUCGCGCCAUGCAAAAGAUUUGAAAAUAUAUAAGCUUCCUCAUCCGAGUCCUCGCUCUUUGAAUAACCAGAAUUGGCCAGAAAAAGCUGAACAACUUCUCCUCGAACUUGAUCUUGUAAAGUAUAUUCGCGAUGAAGUGUAGUAUGCAAGUGAUUCUAAUGAAGUAUUACUUUUUCCAAAAAGUUAUAAGCUUUAAUUUUAAUUUUCCAAAUUUUGAAGUAGAAAUGAUUUUCUUUCAGUCUUUCUAAGGCACCUCGUACCUGUACGUAUGUAAUAUAAGCAAAUAUUUAAGUUUAAAGACGAAGUUUAAUGUAUUAUAAAUUAAUUUGCAAUUUUUUAUUCUAUGGUUGUUCGUAUAGUAGCACUACUUUUCAAGUGGCUGGAACUGCGAAGUUUGUUUUUUCACGGAGGCCAUACAAAAAAAGUAUUUUUCCAAACAUUGAAGUUGUAAUAGAGUUUUUUUAUAAUUGUACGGUGUCUAAUUGCAUAUAAAAGGCACAAAGUAAAUAUAUUUUAAAAAUAAUA